AUGGAAGUCUUUUUGUACGCGGCGUGUCUGUGGAGUUUAAACGUCGCUGCUUUCAACCUGGACACCCACUAUGUCCUGGAGAGGACCGGAGACCAGGGCAGCCUCUUUGGGUUUUCCAUUGCCUUCCAUCAGCAGCUGAACCCUACCAAAAAGAACUUAUUGCUGGUAGGAGCUCCACAAUCGAAGCAUCCACACCUGAGCAACGUCACAGGCGUCGUCUAUCAAUGUGAUCUGAGUGCAUCUUCCCAGAGAUGUCAGGCUAUUGACUUUCAACAAGAAGCGUUCCAGGAGAGCAGUGGUAUCAAUGGCCAGUGGAUGGGAGUGAGAGUGACGAGCCAAGGACCUGGUAAAAAUGUCAUGGCUUGUGCUCAUCGGUACCAGCAGUGGGCGCCGAAUCCGGGCCUUUACGUCCCUCACCUGCUGACGGGCCAGUGCUACAUCUUGGCUGAUGGUCUGCAGGUGGGGGACGAGGAGAGGACGUGGAGGAGGGUGGUUUGCGAUUCCGAGCACCUGACCAGACGCCAGAAAAACCAGGAAUGGUUUGCGUACUGCCAGCAGGGUCACGGUGCAUCUUUUGCAAAGGACAACAAAUCCUUGGUCUUCGGAGCGCCGGGCGCUUAUCAAUGGAAAGGACUCGUGCGGAUGGAGCUGUUGGACAACUUGGACAUCUCCAGUGAGGACACCCGAGAAACCGGGGACAUCGACCGCUUUGACUCCAGACUCAUUCCUCUCCGUAGAAAUAGCUACCUGGGAUUCUCCACUGACUCUGGGAUGGCCCUCCUCAGGAGGGGGGAGCUUACCGUCGUGUCAGGAGCGCCCAGAGGAGGUUACAGCGGUCAGGUGACCUUUCUUAAGGCGGACCGUUCAGCCACGAGAAGCUUGUCUGUAGAGUUGGUCCUCUCCGGUCCUGGGCUGGCGUCGUCCUUCGGAUACGACGUGGCUGUGGUGGAUCUCAACAGCGACGGGUGGGACGACCUCGCUGUGGGAGCACCAGAAUUCUUUGUAAAAGAUGGUUUGAUUGGAGGCGCGGUCUACAUCUUUAUCAACAAUGAGGGGCAAAACUGGGAGAAGAUCAACCCCAUUCAACUUCUCGGGCGUAAAGAUUCCAUGUUUGGACUUGCGGUGGAAAACAUUGGCGAUGUCAAUCAAGACGGAUACGGAGACAUCGCCGUGGGGGCACCUUAUGACGGUUCUGGCCGAGUGUACAUCUACUGUGGAUCACCGAGCGGCAUCAACAAAAAGGCCGCACAGGUGCUCUCGCCAGUGUCUAAAAAAGUCCUUUUGUUUGGAUAUUCUCUCUCCGGUAACCUGGAUAUCGAUGAUAAUCAAUACCCCGACUUGGCAGUUGGGUCACUCUCGGAUGCAGUCUUUGUUUACAGAGCAAGGCCGGUGGUCAGCGUCAGCGGCGCUCUAACAGUAACACCAAAUAAGAUAGACUUGGAACAGUGCGAUAGACGCACCUGUCAUUUUGCAGUGCAGGCCUGCUUUAGCUACACGUCACACCCGGCAUCAUCCAACCCCAAACUGACAAUCCGCUACACAUUCGAGGCUGAUGCAGAGAGGCAGAAAUCAGGACUUCCGCCUCGCGUGGACUUCACGGGGUCGUCUCAGGGGACACUGGAGCUGCCUGGUCAGGGGAGAAAAGCCUGUGCCAACACCAAACUCCGACUUCUGCGGGAUAUCAGAGACAGGCUGCACAGCAUCACUGUGUCUGUAAGUCGCUCUCUCACAAGCUCCAGCGAAGCGACGAGGUCAAGUCUUCACGACGCCGCUCCCGUACUCAACCUCUACCAGGAAAGAAGGACGAUAUCAGAGAUAAACUUCAUCAACGAGGGCUGCGGCAAGGACAACGUCUGCCGAAGCAACCUGGAGCUGACCUACAGGUUCUGUGCCAGGGAAACUCAAAACCAUCGAGAUGUUUUCACAUCACUCGCCAGAGAGGACGGUGUUGCGGCCAUCACGCCCUCCGGUAAGGACGUCGCCUUGGAGGUGACUGUGACCAACAUGGGUGGGGAGGACGCACAUCAGAGUCACGUGGUCGUCCAGCUACCAGAGCAUCUGCGCUACUCUUCUGUCGUCUACACUUCAGCGUCUGAAGCGCAAGUGUUGUGCUCGGCCAAUGACAAGGGGACUCUGAUCGAUUGUGAGCUGGGAAACCCUCUGCAUGGAGAUGCUCAGGUGACUUUUUAUGUCAUGCUGACCACCACCGGCAUCUCACUGAGCACCAAAUCUGUCAACAUCACGCUACAACUUCAGACUGCAAGUGAGCAGACCUUACAAGCGGUUGAGGCGACAGCCAAAGUGGUUUUCGAACUGGGGCUGCAAAUAUACGGGCUCGCCAGGCCGUCUCAAGUGUCAGUCAGGCCAAGGUCAACGAGCGAGCGAGACGAAAAAACGGCGGAUGCCAUUGGAGCCGCGAUUCAGUAUGAAUUCAAGAUAACAAACGUGGGCCGACCUCUGAAGUCAUUCGCCAACGCGUCCCUGGAUAUCGACUGGCCUAAGGAGAACUUGGAGGGGAAAUGGCUGCUGUACUUGACUCACAUCACGAGUGCGGGAGUGCAGAUUGUCUCCUGCUCCCCUGCCGACCAAAUUGAUCCUCUUAGGCGAGUUAAGGGUUGGCGUGGCGCCUCCAGGCAGAGACGCGAGGCAGAAUACGAAGCCCUCUCCGCUGAUUCCUUCCCGUUUCGACUAAAAAGGAAAUAUAAAACCUUGACCUGCUCUGAGGGACUCAAGUGUGUGCGGAUACGCUGCCCUCUUGUGGGAUUGGACAGCACUGCAUCAAUUGUUCUACAUGCACGCCUCUGGAACAGCACCAUCACACAGGUUUACAGCUCUUUCAACUACCUGGACAUUGUCGUGGAUGCUGCGCUUAGUUUGAGUAACUCUUCGGAGAACAUCGAACUCAAAGAAGAAAAUCCUCGGACAAAAGUAAAAGUAACGGUGUUCCUGGAGCGAAAUGAGGAAUACUACACCAAAGUCGCCUGGUGGAUCAUCUUGCUGACAGUCGUCGCCGGCCUGCUGCUCCUGGCCGUCCUCUGCUUCUACCUGUGGCAGCGGGGUUGCAUCCACUGUCCGACGUGUGGCAACAAGGCCUCGGACUACGAAACUGUGAAAAGUGAUUCUUUUCUGAAAGCCUGA